GGAAAGACUAUUCCACCACGAAUGCGCAGCAUACGAUUUCACCGGCAUUGCUUUAUUAUCUGAAGUUUAUAAUUUGUACAUCUUGCAAGCAGCAGAUAUUAGAAAUGUUGCAUGUUUCCCGGAAUCAGUACAUUAAUUGUUUUUAUGGGGGAAGCUCCAAUGUAUCGUCACGGUAGGGGAAUCCCGCAACUUACAGAGGCUGCCUUAGGAGUCCUGAGAGCUGCGUGACAGCUUAAGUGGUUCUAGGGAGUGCUGCGGAACAGGAAGCUGAUUGGUACAGAGUUAAAUACGCAGAAGAUAAGUUACAAGUACUAUGGAUAAACAAAAUAUACAUAUUCAGGAAGCUUGUGGGAAACCUGAUGUAAAAGACACAUACCUGGAAGACAACACCAAGUUUGUGAAUUGUGAAAACUGCUCACAAAGCUGUUUACUGUCAGGAGUGGACAUAGUUGCACAACAACUGAGAGAAGCUCAAGGCUAUAAUGAAGCAAACAUACAAUCUGGUCUGGAUCAGUGUGUAACAUUAUUGAAGGGAAAAGAAGCUGAGAUGUCUGCAGAUCCACCAACAAAGAAGUUAAAAACAGAACACAAAUUACAGACUGAAGAAAGUGUUGCGAACAACAUAGAAGAUUUUCAUGUUUGUACUCAGUCAGAUAAGGAGUCAGAAAGUAAUAUAAAUGAGCAAGAGUCUCAACAGUCAGUUACUGGCUUUCCUCUUAAUAUAACUGCAGAUUUAUUUCAUGAAGACAACAGUAAUGAUGAUCAAAAUACUUUACGCAAGAAAACAAUAACAAGUGAAGUGUUUCAUAACAAAAUUGAUUGCUCUUCUACAGUUGGGAAAAGACAGAUAAAUCAAGCUGAAGAGGAAGCAGCAUAUAAGGGACUAAUAAAGAGCAAAAUGUCCAUAGUGGACAAUCAAGAAAAGACACUGUUUCCCAAUUCACUGGAAAAAUUCCAUGGUCAAGAAAUGCAAGGUGUGAAGCUAGUCUCCGUAGGCCAGGAAGUACUAAUAAGUGUAACCAAGAGGCCAGUCAAUGAUAAUUCAGGCACGGAAUAUCCUCAAAAGGAAAUAAUAAUGUUGGAAGAUCAAAAUCAAAAGCCCCAGAAUAAGGAAACAACCACACUGAAUGAAGCACCUUAUGGGAAAAAUAAUUGCUCAUGUACAGCAAAAGAAAUCAAUAAAUCAGAAAUUGAAGAUGGUUCAGAAAGAAAUGAAAUAGCUUCUGAUGAAUCAGGCUCAGGAAGUUCUGUGAAAGAAAUUGCUGUUCUGGUCACUGAGGAUAAAAAUCAGAAUGUGGAAAAUAGGGGAAUUACAAAGCCAGUGUGUGAGGAAUUCAUCUCAAAUGACACAUUCACAACGAACCAACUGAGUCCAGAAGAAGAAGGAAACAAUGAGACGCCAUCGGACAUAAUACUAACACCUAAUGAAGUACAUAGUGCAGAAAACCACGGCUUACUUUUGGGUGAAAAAGGAAAUGAGGAAGUGACAGACAGUGCAGAAAAUAAAUCAGAAAAGAGUCUUCAUAUGAUCGUCUUUGAACAAGAAAUAUCCUGGACAGCCUUAUUACAGGAUGAAGUAUUCAAAUUAGUUGAUAUUUCUUGUAUUAGUGCUAAAUACAGUAUGAUAAAAACAUUGUUUCAGGGUACUACACAAAAGCAUUUUAAUAUCAUCAAAAUAGUUGAAGUGCAAAAUCCUUUUUUGUAUAGUUAUUAUCUUUUGAAAAAAGCAGAAAUGAUGUCCAGAUAUGGUCAUAUUAAAGAAGAAUAUCUCUUCCAUGGUACUAAAAUCGAAAAUAUUUCUUCAAUCUGUGAAAAAAAUCUUGACUGGAGAAAACAUGGAUCUAUAACUGGAAAUAUCUUUGGGAAAGGGGUCUCACUGACUCCUAUUUCAUGUUAUGCAAGUCAUUACUCAGACAAAAAUAUGGUGGAAAAAAUUAUGUUCGUUUUCAGAGUCAUCAUAGCAGAUGAAACUGAGGGAAAUCCAGACAUGGUUGUACCACCUUACAAAGAUGAAUUAAGAAAACUGAGGUAUGACACUACAGUCAAGCCAAACCGUCAAGUUAUUGUCAAAUUUUCUGAUAAUGAGUUUUAUCCUGCUUAUGUGGUGUAUUACACUGGAAAAUAUAAGUCUCGUAAGUCUCGUAAGUGGAUCAGACUUUGAUACUUCAGCAUAGCAAGAUAUAUAUCAGUCCUUCAUUAUUUCCUACUGAAAACCUGAUGAAUCUCAAUAAAAUAAUUAUUUUUCAUGAAAUUAUUACAUUACUGCAUCUCAUAUAGUUUUUUUUUAAAAUAAAAAGAAGAAAAGAUAGAGAGGCCUAGGCCCAUAUUAUUUUGAAACUGAUUACUUAUAUCAGCACUGGAUGUUAGCAACAAAUAUUUAGUUUGUUAAUUUUACAUGACUCCUGCAAACUAUAAUGUCAUAUUGCAAUGAAUUUCUUUAUUUUUCCAUUGGACAUUUUAAUUUGUUUUUAUUAAGAAGCCUUUUUUCUUAUUUU